UCUCCGGUCCGACUAGGACUAGUGUCAAUCAAAAUAAACACGCGAAGAUUUGUCUCCCCGAUCCGAUUAAGCUCUCCGCCUCGCCGCCGCCUACGCAUAUAUUCGCCGGCGACGCAGAUCCCUACUCGAUUGGCUCCGCCUGCACAGCCCUGCUCCCACGGUCCAUCUGCCGGGGGGCAUAUUCCCCGCCGCUCCUGGCGCCGUUCCGGUUCGCCGCCCACCGUAGCUAGCAGCUGCGCGAGCGCGCGCGAGAGAGAGGAUGCCUAAGCGGACGACCCACACCUACUCGAGCGAGGACGCGCUGCCGGAGGGCCCCGAGUCCGACCUCUUCGUCUACUACUGCAAGCACUGCGCCUCCCACGUCCUCAUCACCGAUACCCUAUUGCAGAAAAUGCCAAAGCGGAAGACUGAUGGAGCACAUGUUCUAGACAAGUCAAAGCAUCUCUCAAGGCUAAAUGUGAAGGAUGCAGGGAAAGUCAUGUUGAAACGUGGAGAAGGAAAGCUUGAAAAGCAGUUCCGAAUGACCUGUGUUGGAUGCGACCUUUUUGUUUGCUAUCGAUCGGGGGAGGAUUUGGAGCUUGCUCCUUUCAUAUAUGUUGUUGAUGGAGCACUGAGUUCAGUGGCGGCUGAGACAAAUCCACAUGAUGCUCCUGUACCGCCUUGUAUCACACAGUUGCAAGGUGGACUUGUCCAAGUUGCCAUUGAAGUAGAAGACCGGGCACAACGUUCAGCAAUCACAAGAGUGAAUGCUGAUGAUGUCCGAGUAGCAGUAGCUGCCCCUGCUGCUCGCGGAGAGGCUAACAAUGAGCUACUAGAAUUUAUGGGAAAGGUGCUUGGCCUAAGGUUGAGUCAGAUGACCCUUCAAAGGGGGUGGAAUAAUAAAUCAAAGCUUCUGAUUGUUGAGGAUUUGUCUGCGCGGCAAGUUUAUGAGAAGCUCCUAGAAGCUGUCCUACCUUAGAAUACCUACUUGGAUCGGCUUCAGUAUACUCUUAUCUGGAGGAAAAGGACCCAAUGGUGCCUACUUAUCCAGUGAAGCUAAGCUGUGAGUAGCCCUUCGAGUUGUAAUGCAGACUUCUGCCCAUGUUUGUAAGCGACAUCUGACAUAUAUUUGAGUGUUUGAAACUGAGCUUGGGUGGUGAUUCUCAGGCUCAGUGCCGAACAAAAAUGAUUUCGUGUUCUGUGGUGUUUGAACGUAUGAAAUCCGCAUAAGAAAUAGAUUGGGAAGUAUAAAAGGUA